CGAGCUGAGCGGAGCCGGGCUAGGCCGGGCCGGGCUGCGCCGCCAUGACGGGCAGUAAUAUGUCUGAUGCUCUUGCCAACGCGGUGUGUGAACGCUGCCAGGCUCGCUUUGACCCCGCUGAGAGGAUUGUCAACAGCAAUGGGGAGCUCUACCACGAAAACUGCUUUGUCUGUGCUCAGUGUUUUCGUCAGUUCCCAGAUGGACUCUUCUAUGAGUUUGAAGGUCGGAAAUAUUGUGAACACGACUUUCAGAUGCUGUUUGCCCCUUGCUGCGGGGAAUGCGGCGAGUUCAUCAUUGGGCGUGUUAUCAAGGCCAUGAAUAAUAACUGGCACCCAGAGUGCUUCCGCUGCGAGCUCUGCGACGUGGCCCUUGCUGACCUGGGCUUUGUGAAGAAUGCUGGCAGGCAUCUCUGCAGGCCAUGCCAUAACCGUGAGAAAGCUAAAGGCCUGGGAAAGUACAUCUGUCAGAAGUGCCACCUGAUAAUCGAUGAGCAGCCUCUGAUGUUUAGGAACGAUUCCUACCAUCCAGAUCACUUCAACUGCACCCACUGUGGGAAGGAGCUGACUGCCGAGGCGCGGGAGCUGAAGGGAGAGCUCUACUGCCUGCCUUGCCACGACAAGAUGGGCAUCCCCAUCUGCGGAGCCUGCCGCAGGCCCAUCGAGGGRCGCGUGGUCAACGCACUGGGCAAGCAGUGGCACGUGGAGCAUUUUGUUUGUGCCAAAUGUGAGAAGCCAUUCUUGGGGCACCGACACUACGAGAAGAAAGGACUGGCUUAUUGUGAAACUCACUAUAACCAGCUCUUUGGAGAUGUCUGCUACAACUGCAGCCACGUGAUUGAAGGCGAUGUGGUAUCAGCCCUUAACAAGGCCUGGUGUGUGAAUUGCUUCUCCUGCUCCACCUGCAACAUCAAGCUAACACUGAAGAAUAAGUUUGUGGAAUUUGAUAUGAAGCCCGUAUGCAAGAAGUGCUAUGAAAAAUUCCCUCUGGAGCUGAAGAAGCGCCUGAAGAAGUUGUCUGAGCUGUCAUCCAAGAAAUCACAUCCCAAAGCUCUGGAUUUAAAUUCUGCUUAAGCAGGUCUCAGUCUGGUGGCUGCACUCUCACAGUCACAAAUUGCUGCUCACAGCAACUGUUGAUAACAAAGGAAAUUGUUAAGAACAAUUCARACCAAAGACCAGUAGUACCUUCCCCUGCUUCUGCUGACACAGCUUGCGUCUUGGCUCUCCCUUUUCUCAAGCAGCUGUCUGGUAACUCUGGCAGAAAAAAAAGAUCUGAAUUCUUCAGCAAUUUACCGGCUAGCUGUUAAUUUGUUCAUAACAACUUACUCUGCCUUGAAUUGCACCCCAUCUUUUUCUCCGCAGUUGAACCAUAAUUCUCUCUCUGUCUCUCUUACAGUCUAAAGAACUUGGAAACAGUGAACAGAUACAGGUUUGGAGGAAACCUCUUUUCUGGUUAAAGCAUAGAAGUUUUUCCUGCUACCCUGUAUGAAGAAGUUUUAUUUUUUAAAAUCUGUAGGCUACCAUACAUAUGUACUAGACAUGUACUACAUAUGCAGAAUGCACUGGUUUUUGCCCCGAUUGCUGUUAAGCAAGCACUCGCUCUGUACAAACCUGGUGGUUUGCAGGUUCCCUGAGUGAACCCAGAGUCAAUGGUCUGAACAUCUGCACCGGUGGCAGCGCGUCCGCCCGGAGCGGUUUGCUCUGCUGCUUCCCCCUCAGCCGUCUCUGUGGCCACRUCACCUUCUGCAGAUUUGGGGCUUUCCUUGAGUAGGAGGUGGCUGGGGAAAGGACAAAUUCUGUUAGGAUUUUGCUCUAUAAUUAGUCUUUUAUAUUGUGGGCAUUUGAACUCGGAAUGGACAGCACAGUUCAUGUGCUACCCAYUGGCACAGCUGACACUUCCAGAUGGAGUGUGGCUGGAGCUCUCAUUCUUUUACAUAAUGAAAUCCCUUUGGUAAUAUGGUAUUAAUUUAAGCAUUUCAGUUUCAAAUUCAAUCCUUCUGACUUUAUCUGAAAAGGGAGUAAACUUUCCAAGGUUCUCUCUAGAAAGUCCAAUGACAUGAAGUUAUUUCUAAUAUUUACAGUUUGUAACAAAUGUAAUAUCAUGCAGGAAAAGCAGGAAAUAAUUUUUCCUAAAACUUUAACCUGAGUAGGAGUUUCUCAACAGCUUUCUUCUAAAGAUCUGAGUGGCUUAAAGAGAGCACAUCAGACAUGAACCUGUAAUUUUUAAAUAUGUAAAUUUUAAGAACAGUUUUGCCUAGAGGUUUCUCUCUGCUCUAUAGUUUUGCCAAUCACUGGUGCAGUUUCACUCGUCCUGUUGCCUCUGCUAGGAGACCCCAGGUGCUGAGAGAUUUAUUAGUGUUGAACGUUCUCAGUAUUUCUUUAGCAGAAGAAAAGUUUGCAUGGUUUAAAUCUCCUCUGAAAUGGAUAGUUUGCUGUCCCUGCUGUACUCUGCAGCCCCAGGUGAGUUAGCUAGCAAGAAGCUAAAGCUUCCUCACGUAUUCUGAAUGUGAGCAGCAAGUGGUUUGGGGCAAAACCUGAAUCAAAACUCUCUUCACUGCCAUCAUACUCUGCCCAGAGCAGAUCUAAACCAGGUAACAGCUAAAGUACAGAUACCUGUUAGCAUGCUCGGAGUAGCUACUACCCAUGGAACUGCACCAGUGAAAUCACCGCAGGGUGGCCUGCCCAGGCUGGCUGUGUGCAGAGCAGAACCCCAAAAGCAAGACCAUACCUAAGAUUCUGGCUUCCCUAAUUCAGAUUUUCUUUACCUGCCUUGCUCUUUGCUUUGCUGAGUUGCCAUAAGCAUUUAACUGAGAUAUUCAGCACCACUCUAACACCUGGCAGAGGAGUGGACUUUAGUCAAAGUUAGAACUCUUCCAUCCUCUUGUGACCGUCUGCACUGUAGAUUACAGUAGCAUUGGCUUUUGUCACUUUGGCUUUAGGAGAACAGGUGGCUAAUCUUGCCAGCCUUUAAGUGAUGUUUCAGAUAAGGGCACAUAGUGCACACAGAGCACAUAGAGCUUUUAGCGCAGUAGCGUGUGGCCAGGCAAGGACCAGGYUUGCCAGCCUGUUUGGCACUUGGCUCACAAAACUACUGACCAAGACACAGUUUGUUAUAUUAUACAGAUUCUUCUCCAUGUAAAACAUGCAACCCUGCUCCUCCAGUCUUGGUUGUAGGCCAAGCCUAACRCCAAGUCUGAGCAGCAAUUCUGUGCCUUCAGCUUCCUCAGAGCAGUAUUACCUACUUGUAAAUAUGGAAAGACUAUGCAACUAGCAGGCAAUAGAAAAUGUGCUUUCCGUGGCCCUUUUCAGCAAUGGAAAAUGCAUGUACCUAGAGCUGAAUGGAAUUACUUUUCUACUACAGGUGAAUUAAGAUUAAGUGAAGAUUAAGAUUAAUUAAGGUUAAGUGCGAGCUGGAAACUGAGCAGCCCUCGUAAGCCUCAGUGUUCAAAGGGCAGCUGAUACCAUUCUCUGCAGCAGACUGCUCAGUUCGCUAGGAACUGGAUUCUGUUCUUCAGAGCAUUUCCUAAGACUAGUCGUGGAAAAAGUCACUAUAGUCUCUGAUCCAUUUAAUAGCUGGAUAGGGGUGUUGUCUUAAUGUUUCCUUAAUUAUGAAUUCAUAAUUUUCAAAAUAGUCUUUAUUUCACUCCAGCUACCCACAGCUUGCAGCAUGCGUAUUACUGAUGUCCAUUUUGUGAGAUGGAGGAAUCAAGGGAAUAGGAGAAAAACAACUUAUAAAAAGUUUGAAAAAAUGCAUCUUUUUUAAAAAAGCAAUAGUAGCAGAUACCACAGUGUUGUGAAUUUUCCUUGGUGUGUUGCUAGGCUGGCAUGAUUGUUCGGAGUCAGGGUCUUGGUCAGCAGUGUAAGUUUAGAGGUGCUUGCCUUGUUUGGGGUUUUUUUCCA